UCCCAGCGUUUUAUGUACAAAGGUUGUGUUUCUAGAUUAUCAAUCUAAUCACAGCCAUACCCAUGAUUGCCUGGGAUAAAUCUUGACAGCGAAAACAUAAAUGCAAACUCUUACGAAGAGAAUCUACGGGAGUCCAUUCAGCAAACAGAAUCCCUCAAUCCUGGCCUGAGAACGUUUUUGCGAGCUCAGUCGCCUAUUCGCUGAGUAAUGUCUCUUGUUCGAGACUCACCUGGAAGAAACGGGCAUUUUGUUUCCCAAAAAAGAGAAGAAAACGGCUUCUCUCCAAAGGCGUCAGACGAACAAAAACGAACAGUUCAAAUGACUCGACUACAGUUACACCCAGACCCCAACAUGAACACGGACAACCGACUGGGAAAAUUGGAACCGGAAUCGGCCCAAUCCCCAGGCGUUGAGUCGCAGAUGUCAUUUAGUGUUUACGACGCUAAAGUUUCCGGUAGAGACAGCUUCUUGGGUGCGCUGCCAAACAGUGCCAGCACCAUCGGCUUCUUGCCAGAUCACCACAGCAAGGCCAAAAUGGGCCCCCGAGCUUACUCAAAACGAAUACGCCAGCUGACGCUGUUUCUUGCGGUCUUCAUCAUCGUGUCGAUGGUAAUGACUGCAUUAUUCGUCUGGAGAAUGUUCUAUUACAAACCUGAGGAAAAAGCCGAUGGAAAGUCUCAUAUCGAACAGAAACCAAUUGUUGGAACGAGAAGCGUAUGCCCCGUAAGAGCAGAAGCAGUUCCGCUGGAACCUUUGCCUAUUAGCAUUGAAGAGGCGUUACUAGAAAUUGAGCGUGGACUGAAGGAGGCUAACGCUAAGGAUGAUAAGAUAGCCAUCAUGGCUAACGUUGUCUACAUGAACAAAGUAAUCUGGGAGCGUUGGUAUGGCAAGAUGAAUAGAUCAAAUCCUUCAUCUCAAAAACUGUCCAGCAGAACAGUGUUCCCCGUGGCAAGUGUCACUAAGGUCUUAACGGCCUUAAUGCUUUACAAGCUCUACUACGAGAAGAAGGUAAAGUCACUAGAUGAUCCUUUCAAGAAAUAUAUGCCAGAGUUCUCAAUCAAGGAUCCAUUUAACUCUCAUGAAAUCGUACUCAGAGAAAUGGUUUCGCACAUGUCUGGUAUUCCACGAGAGGCUCCAUGUCUUAAAGAAAUGAAAGAGAACCUUUGUCCCGACAAUAACACUGUUAUGUUGGACCGAAUAAAGAAUCUAACUCUCGUUACUGAACCAGGCAAUAAAGUCAGCUACAGUAAUUUAGGGUUUGGUCUGCUUGGUCAAGGACUGGCUCUUUCACAGAACGUCUCGUACGAGGAAUGGAUGCAGAAAAGUGUUUUUGAUCCACUAGACAUGCAUGAUUCGGGAUUCAAGCUAACUCCCAAUUGGAAGCAAAGAAUUCCCGUGGGUUUUCUUGGGAAUUAUUCUCAGCAGCCAUUUGAGUGGGGAUGGGCCAAUCCAGCCGGUGGAAUGUUUACGUCACUGGAGGAUAUCGCGAAGUUGGAGAUUAAGCUUUUCAAUUCCACGGAGGAGGACGACUUUCUAUCUCCUGUCCUGACCGAAGAAUUUUUCUCACCCGUGUUUAUCCUGGAUGGCAAGCACUUCAUUGGGUCUCCAUGGGAGAUGUCUCUCAUGAACGGUUACAUUGCAAGAGUAAAAACUGGAUAUGUGUAUGGCUAUGCAUCCAAAAUUUUCCUCUUUCCUGAGCUGAAACUUGCGUUUAACAUUUUUCAUACGGGAAGCUAUAAAGACAACUGUUUUUCAAGCGUUGAGAAGCUGUUGAAAGCAUUCCACCAAGAGCUAACUGCGAGAGAUAAGGAGAAACAGAAAGUGAUCCAGCAACAAGAUGCAGCCCCAUAUCUGGGAGAGUUUUACACUAAAGAUGUACCCACCAUCAGAAAGGUCAUCAUCAGGUACAACGAGGGAAGAAUGAGUUUUUCCGUGGACACACUAGUUUUCCGUCUAAAUCACAUCAAAGGAACGACCUUUGAACUAAUUGACCGAAGAAAGGUCGAUUGUCUUGCGAUUGCAGUAAUGGGAAUAAAUCACGAGAAGGUGCACUUUGACCCUCCAGGAAGUUCGCCCGACAGAAUUUCACCUGGCUUUACGGUAUUUGGGUUCCAUCUUCGAGGCAAGGCAUAUUUCUAUAGAAAACAGUUAUGAUAUGGUUUCACCCCCAUCCUUGCGGACGCCGUGAGGAAAAGAUUGAUUUCAAAUACUUUCCCUUUUUCAUUCCUCAGUACCGACUUAUUACAGGCCUAUAGUCGUUUCUACGCUCGCAACUGUGAUCGUGCUCGCGGGCAGCUCAUUUUUAACAAAGUUGUCGUGCAAUUGCUGCUUUGGUAUAAAUUCUUCACGCCAUGGAAAACUGACAGUAUUCAGUUGGCACGGAAGCAAAAUAUUUAACACUGAUAGAGCGGAGAUACUGAUCGUGAAGCCGCGUUCAAGCGUUUUAGAGGGAUUGCAUGUGACAGAUAAACUGAAAAUAAGGUUUCAAUUUUCUAGGCCUGACUACGGAGGUCUUUGGGUGCACUUGAUCAUCCAUUCCAUAUUACGAUGGAGGAAAAAUCUAUAAUCAGAGAUCCUAAAAUACUUACAGAUAAUAAUAAAAUGUUGGUAGAGAACCAGAUUCGUUGAUGAAGAGGAGGAAUGACCCUUAGGCUAAACGGGACUUUGUAAAUCGAGUCGUACAAAAUACAAAUACAUAUUUCCUCAGGAGUACGUUAGAGCCGAUAAGAGUUAAAUAAGGGGCAAGUCAUCGAUUUAAAAGUUAGAGACCAUAACCUACGUGGUAUAAAAUCUUAGAUGAGCGCUUUUCCCUUCAAAUGUGGCAUGGGGCAAAAACCACUUUAAGCCGGUGACGAUUAUUCCGAGAAGGAAAAGUUUUUUUGAAGGUGUAUCACAAGGAAAGUCCUAGUAUAGUCUUGUGAAGGGCAAGUCCACCCCGAAAACCGCACAGUUUUUCAAUUAUGACAUUUACUGUGUGUUAGAUUCCAAAAAGUAACCUAACAUUUCAAAUAUUAUCUUCAAGUUUGCUAAUAAUUGACUGAAGACGUCAUUUUGAAUUGUG